AUGGCUGACUACGUUGCUCCAUCAAUUGCUCAGAGCUUACGCAGUGAAAGUGACCUCGAAGGAUUCUUGCGCCAUGCAAACAAGGUAUUAUUGGAUAAUGCACAAGUGGCGCUCGCAUUCAGGGCGACUGCUGGCGUCCUCAAAGCAGCAAUCAGAGACGAUUGUUCCAAGCACAUGGUGUUGCGGAAGGAGUUGAAGAAAAAGGGAAGCCAGCUCGACCAUGUAUUUGAAGUCCAAUACUUUGCGGCUACGUUCCUACACACCCUCGCCGAGCAUAUCUGUGCAAAUCCAAACUUUAAACCCGACGUAACGGACAUAUCAUUUGCGGUAUUGCUCGUCAACUCGCAAGCCAAUCUUUGUCCCUUGGGAAUCUUUGAGCACAAGUUCAAAACGGCGUUUUUUAGAGCCGCUCAGACCAAGAAAUUCAAAGACCCGGAAAAUUUGGAGGAUAACUUGUCGAACCUCCUGGGCUAUUUGAAAUCUUAUGGCGCCAUCUUUCAGAAAUUCUUGGAAGAUAUAAAGCAGGAUAUUGUCAAUUAUCCUCACUAUUCAUUCAAAAAACUCUUCAUCGACAACCUCUUGGAGACCCCGUGGUGCCGCCCUGACGACUGGGACGCGAUACUGACAGAUGCAAGGCUACAUCAGACACCGUUCUCAAAGAAUAUGACGAUGAAGAACUACAUCCCUCAGUCCUGGUGGGACGACAACACGUAUUUCAAAGGAGUUGCGAAGCAGAUUGUCGGUGGAGAAACGGAAGAUGAAUAUAUAACGUCUGCGCAGCAGGUCGAGUGUUACAACCCUAACGGGUUGAACGAGAAUGUCACCAUUUACAAGGACGUCAUUCCGGAACAAUAUUUGGCUUUGUUGGGAUUAGUUAAGGAGAAUACGUGGUUAGAAUGA